AUGAAUUACCUGCCCGCUACGCUGGAAAUGGCCAUUGCCGUCAUCAUCCAACGUCAUGCGAUGGGCUUGCCUGGUCUGACUCUUACCGAGGCCCCCUGUUGCAUCAUAGGCCUGGUAACGCGUCUCUGCGGCAAUCUCUUGGAAACACACCCUAUGGAUUCCUCAAGUGCUGUUUCUUGCCCUGAGAUUUCCUGUGGUCUGAUGGAACGUAUAUUGGACCCUGAACCAUUGAAUCUCAGACUGUCGUUGGUCAACCGCUACAGUACCUCAGGUGAGUGA